GGGGAAAGUGUCGUCGAAUUUUCGCUCGGUAGAAUAUCUCGUGGAAUUAAUCGAAAAACGGCUGUUUUUACAAGGAAGUUGUGAAUUUACAUCGCAUACACCAAAUUGCGUCCGAUUAAAGUGGAAUUCUCCGAUUUAAGUGCGGUUCGACGCGAAAAAUCUACGGAAAAUCGAGGGGUCCCGCCGCUUCUCGGCUCGGUCGACUUCGACGUCGCAGCGAGGUUAUGUGCGCGCGUUAUCUUCAUGGGCAUAUUUAGUCAGUGUUGUGUUCUGAAGUAGUGCCAACAAAGAAGAAAAAGCACGGAAAAUCGAGUGGAAGAAAGUAGGAAGAAAGAGCUGGGCUCGACCCAGCUGUGUGGUUUGCUGUGUGGCGAAUGCGGUGCGACUACUGUGGGGCUUUUUUUUGAGUGAAAAGUGACCGAAAUAUAGCCAUUCUGAAGAAGAAACAAGAAAAAAAAAGUAGUGUACGAAAAUACGAAAAUAAGUAAAUAAAGAGCUAAGAGAAAACCAGUGGGGUACAGGAAAAGGAAGAAGAGAAAAAAAUACCUAGAAUUAAGUGAUCAAGAGAAAAGAAAAAGUAAAGUACGAAGAUAAGUAGAUAAAAAGCGAAGAGAAAAUCAGUGGAGCAAAGAAAAAUCAACGAAGAGAAAAUUAGGAAUUAAGUGCAAUCACCAAACAUGGCAAGCAUGGCGUCCAGCGGGGCCGCAGCUCCAAAAAGGAUCGAACGAAUCGUCGCCAGCAGGAAGAACGCCCACGGCCGAACGACCAGGAACACCAACAAAGGAGCCACUUCUCUCUCCCAAGGCGAAGGAGCAUCCAUCGGUGGACCAAACAACCCACCAAACACCCAGCCUACGUCCGUCGUUCUGGAAUUGAUCGAGGCGGAUAAGCAGAGCCCCAACCACCCCUCCCAAAUUGGAAAGGCCCUGAAACAGAAGGGCUUCUCCAGCUUCACAGAAAUUGAGAAGCUGGGGAAAUUCAGGUUCAGGAUUAACACAACGGAUGAAACGCGACUCAGGAAGCUGAAAUUAGAUGGGGACAACCUAAGGGUAUACGAACCCAAGAACAAGGAUCAUACAAUCCUCUUCGUGAGAGGCGUCCCUUUGAAUUUUGAAGAGGACGAGAUCAUCGAGAACAUUGAAGUGGACUGCCCAGUGCUCCAAGUUCAACGAAUCAAACGAAAGGGAAGCAACAGGGACCUGGUGGACACAUAUAAUGUGAAAAUCACCGUGGAAGGAAACCAGAUUCCAAACUCCGUCAAAAUAUAUGGCUGCGGCUUCAAAGCCGAGCUAUAUAUAUUCCCCAUAAGACAGUGCCAAAACUGCUGGAGGUACGGCCACGGAGCCAAACACUGCACCUCAAGGACACGCUGCGCCUCCUGCGGAGGAACACAUGACCAAUCGGUUUGUGAAAAAGACGCCAGGUGCCCAAAUUGCAAGAAACCACACAAAGCGAACGAUCCAACUUGUCCGGAAAUGCAACGCCACAAAAAAAUCCGCCUAGCGAUGAGGGAAAAGCAGAUCCCGUUUAGCCAGGCAGAAUCUUGCUUCCCCCGCCUGACAAACCGCUUUGACCUGCUGAGCGAGGAGAUGGCUGGAGGAUCGGACUCCUUCCCAGAGCUUCCAGGGUCAUCCCAACCAGCUAGCUCGUAUUCACCACGGAGACGGCGCAGCUGCACGCCCAGACACCAAGACGAACCCAACCGUACAACCGAAAACGCCCUUCAGCCGACCUCCCAGACAAAGGAACCCUCCAACGCUUGCCGGAGGUGCCAGGAAAACCCCUUCAAAGCCACGGACUUUGAACGCCUCAUUUCAUGGUUGAGAAAGGAAUUCCUCACUGAAAUUCGAGGCAAGCGGUGGCUAGCGGACCUUAAGAGUCUCCACAUGAAAAUCGCACAACGGAUCAGAACAACCCAAUCAGAACUGGACAGGGACCAGUUACUGAUCGAAAUAGGCCAGGACAUUCAGAAAAUUAUCGCAGACAACGAACUUCAAGAAGAAUCCAGAUCCAACCAAAACCAGCACAGUGGCGUGUAAGAAGC